AUGUCGGCGCUCGAAAGCAUCAGCAGGUUUCCCAAGGCCAUCGCUUGUUGUUGUUACAUGCUUUUCAUCUGCAUCAUGUGGGGCUACGAUGGUAUGGCUGGUAGUAUUGUACUUUCUAUUCCUCGGUUCCGUCAAGAUUAUGGAUACAUCUACGCAGGUGACUACGUUGUAUCCGCUGAAUGGCAAAUGGGCUUCACUUCUGCCUCACUCUUUGGCAUUAUCUUCGGUGGUUUUGUCACAGGAUUGGCUGCUCCUCGAAUAGGCCAGAGGGCCUGCAUUUUGGGCGCAUAUGUGUUGACUAUCGCUGGUGUCUUCGCGCAAUGGUUCUCUCCUGGAGACCUCCCACUGUUCUUCGCCGGCAAGCUGCUCACCGGUCUCCCGCUCGGUGUCUUUCUCACUGUUGCACCUAUCUACUGCUCUGAAGUCGCGCCUCCAGCACUCCGUGGCGCCAUGAUUUCUGCUGUCAACUUCGCUAUCGUCAUCGGACAGCUCCUGGGGUAUGGCGUUAUGAGAGAGACACAAGCCAUCGAUAGCCCCAUGUCCUACCGAAUAAUGUAUGCAGUCCAGUGGGGUUUUGCAGGCGUUGGAAUACUCCUACUUCCGCUUGUUUCCGAAUCGCCGAUGCGACUCAUCAUGCGCGGCAAGGAAGACGAGGCUCGAUCGGCUAUCCGGAGACUAGAACCCGUCGACACGGAUGUUGAAGAGAAAAUGGAAGAAAUCAGAAAUGUGCUCGCGCACAAUACGGCGGCAGCUCCUAGCGAGACCAGUGGCUUGGCUACGGUGAAAGAGUGCUUCAACACGAAGAACAGGCUCCGCACGACCAUUUCCUUGUCGGUAUUCUUCCUCCAGGCCAGUUCAGGAGUCUCUUGGGUGGUUGCCUACAUGGGAUAUUUCCUCCAGCUGUCCGGUAUGGAAGGUACCUCGGUCUUUGACGCGACCGUUGGCAUUGCAGGCGCCAUGGCAUUUGGUACCAUGGCUUCGUGGUGGGCUGUCGAGCGUAUUGGACGACGAUGGACAAUCCUCGGAGGACUCGCGUUCUGUACCAUCUCGCUUCUCAUCAUCGCCAUUCUAGCCCUUUUCGUCAACUCCGGUCGCCAAGUUGUUCUCACACAAGUCGGGUUUAUGGCACUCUGGGCUUUCAUGUAUCAAGCCUCCAUCGGCUCUGCCGGCUACAGUCUGGUCUCUGAGGUACCCACCUCACAUCUUCGUGGCGCGGUGCAGUCCAUGGCAACGAUGGUCAACGGUGCAUCGAACGCGGUUUGGUCGCUCUCGCUGCCGUACAUGAUCAACCCCGACCGGGCGAAUAUGGGAGGCAAGGUUGCUUUCAUCUUCUUCACGAUCCUGCUGUGCGGAGACGUCUUCGCCUUUUUCAACUACCCCGAGACAAAAGGUAGGUCGUUCGAGGAGAUUGAUGCGCUUUUCGAUAGGGGUGUCUCACCAAGGCACUUCGCAUCAACAAGGCUUGACUAA